AAAGCGCGGCGGGCACGAAGCGUCUGCAGGCCCUCCCUGCGCGCCCGUUCUGCGCCGCAGAUUCGCCACCGGCAGCCAGCAUACGGGGCACCGUGACCGGGAUUCCCGGCGCGGGGCAAGGGGAAGAGCCGGGUGUUGGGCACUGCGGCUCUGGGGAGCCGCGGGAGCCCCUGUGAUACCCCGCGAGGCAGCGCCUCCGUGCCGCUAAUGGCGGGCGGGGCCACCGCUCUCGCGGCGCUCGGGUUGCAUCCCGCAGAUUCGCCACGGCCCCUGGAAUCGCCGCCGUCCCGGAGGGUGCGAGGACAGCCUUGGCCCCUCGGUGGGUUGCGGGGUAACCGAACAGACCCCCCCAUAGCGAGCAGGAGUCACCGGCGGGCCGGGGCCGGCGUGUCGAAAGUGCGGAGCGGAGCGCGCAGGCGCCGUUGCCGCCGCCCCGGCCCGUGGGAACAAAGGGAGCGCGGCCCCGCCGAGCGGAAGUACAAAUAUAAUGUCAGGUGGCUGAAAAUUUGACUAUCAAAAUGUCAAAAAGGCCAUCCUAUGCCCCACCUCCCACCCCAGCUCCUGCAACCCAAAUGCCCAGCACCCCAGGGUUUGUGGGAUACAAUCCAUACAGCCAUCUGGCCUACAACAACUACAGGCUGGGAGGGAACCCGGGCACCAACAGCCGGGUCACGGCUUCCUCUGGUAUUACCAUUCCAAAGCCCCCCAAACCCCCAGACAAGCCCCUGAUGCCCUACAUGAGGUACAGCCGGAAGGUCUGGGACCAAGUGAAGGCGUCCAAUCCUGAUUUGAAGUUAUGGGAAAUUGGCAAGAUUAUUGGAGGAAUGUGGCGAGAUCUCACUGAUGAAGAGAAGCAAGAGUAUUUGAAUGAAUAUGAAGCUGAAAAGAUCGAGUACAACGAGUCCAUGAAGGCCUACCACAACUCCCCUGCCUACCUGGCCUACAUCAACGCCAAGAGCCGCGCCGAGGCGGCGCUGGAAGAGGAGAGCCGGCAGCGGCAGUCGCGCAUGGAGAAGGGGGAGCCCUACAUGAGCAUCCAGCCCGCGGAGGAUCCCGAUGAUUACGAUGAUGGGUUCUCCAUGAAGCACACGGCCACGGCUCGGUUCCAGAGGAACCACCGGCUCAUCAGCGAGAUCCUGAGCGAGAGCGUGGUGCCCGACGUCCGCUCCGUGGUCACCACAGCCAGAAUGCAAGUCCUGAAACGCCAGGUUCAGUCCUUGAUGGUUCAUCAGCGUAAGCUCGAAGCUGAGCUGCUGCAAAUUGAGGAGCGCCACCAGGAAAAGAAGAGGAAGUUUCUGGAAAGCACAGACUCUUUCAACAACGAGCUUAAAAGGUUAUGCAGUUUGAAGGUGGAAGUGGAUAUGGAAAAAAUUGCAGCUGAAAUUGCUCAAGCUGAGGAACAGGCUCGCAAGAGACAGGAGGAAAGGGAAAAGGAAGCAGCUGAGCAAGCUGAGCGCAGUCAGAAUAGCCUGGCAGCUGAGGAGGAGCAAGCAGCCAGUAAGGGGGAGGAGAAGAAAGAAGAGGAGAGCACUCCAAUGGAGACAGAGCCUCACCCAGAAGAGAGCACAGACAACCAGCAGAACGGUGAAGAAGGAACCUCCACCCCAGAGGACAAGGAGAGUGGGCAGGAAGGGGUGGACAGCACAGCUGAGGAGGGAACCAGCGACAGCAACACCGGCUCAGAGAGCAACAGCGCCACCGUGGAGGAGCCGCCCGCAGACCCCAUCGCCGAGGAGGGCGAGAAGAAAGAAUAAUCAGUGACUCAGUUCCUGUGUCUCUGUAAUGAAGUACUGUUUGAUUUCAGAGCGUGCUCUGCGGCUGUUGUACCUUCCCUGCCUCUGUCACUUGUCUCCAAAGGAUGCCAGGGCUUAGUGACAUGCCAGGUUAUCAGUGUAGCAAUGUGAAGGGGCCUGGAGAGGUACAGGGUGUCCUGCAGCAGGCAGAAAAGGAACCUCAUGUGUCUAAACACAGCUGUUACAGUGUGGAGAGGUGCUUAUAUCACUUGUAUUUCUUCCCUAGAAAGACUAGAAACCACUGGUUUUGGUUUCUAGAUGAGAAAUCAGGCCUUUUGCCUUUCUUCUGGUGCCAUGGACACUCUGGCACUUUUCCCCAAAGGCCCUUCCUGCCCCUUUGUGGCACAGGUGUCUCACCUGUGCUGCAGUCCUGGCCUGACUGUGUGAGGGACCUGCUCCUGGCAGUAGCACUGGCUUUCUGGAGAGGCUAGAAUGUGGCUGAAGCAUUCAGACCUCUUCUUACUAUGGAGCAAAGACUUUAUGUCUCCCCAGGGUGUCCCCUGGAACCUCUCCUUCCCUAACAACUCCAAAAGUCCCCUGUGUCCCACAGCUGUGCUGCCUGUCAACAAGGGCAAUUUCUGCUGCAGCCUCCCCAGUCCAUGCUUUUAAAGAAAGCUCUCAAUCCUCAGGAGCAGCUCCAGAGUGAGUCUGAAAGUCUGGGGUUUUGGGGGUUUUUGGUGUAACUUGUUUUUCUAGAGUAGCUGCUCUGCUGUGGUGGAAACUUGCUCAUGGUCUGUGUGUGGCACGUCAGGAGAUCCAGUUCCAAAGGGUUCAGUGUAGUCUUGCAGGAAAUGACACAUCGUGAGGGAUUUUUUUUUCUGUGGUGCAGGAUUCUUUUCAACAAGCCUUUGCUUUUCUUUCCCAAUUAACUCCUUUAUUUGCUACCAAGAGACCCUGGUGUGGCCUCAGCCAGAGACCUGGCACAGAACAGAGCAGGAGAGCGUUUAGACACGCACAUGUUCUCUGAGCAGACAGUCACUGAUAUGGCACAAAUGGUAAAAAAUAGUAGUUUUGCUUGUCAUGAGCUUUCAGAACCUCUGGAGACUCUACAAAUGUACUGAAAAGGCCAUUAUUUGCCCUAUAUAAGCAAAACCCCAAAAAUAAAUACACUGAAUUGUGGCAACAGCCAUGGGCCACUUCUUGACUUAACAACUGAGGGAACACAUAAUGUUUCAAUGAACUGAUGUGUAUUUGCAGAGCAGUGGGUCUAUCAGAUGGUGUUUUUUAAAUCCUUUUUUUUUAAUGGUUUCAAAAUAAUAAAAUCCAACAUGUUUGGUUUUUUUUAAACUCA